UUUCCGAUUGAUCGCUAGGGUGCAGAGCUGCCUCACUCCAAUUGGCUGAUGGUCAAGGCGACUGCAGUCUGAUUGGGCGGUAUCCGUCGGCGCCGAUUGGUAACGGUUGAUGAGCACACGGUUCCCGCGUGGAGGGUGAGUUGGUGUCGGAGUCGGCGGUGGAGUGUCCUUCCACAUCCCCCCAGCAGGCUCUGGGACUUUCAGACGGUACCCAUCGAGCAGAAAUCUUGACUGGAAAAAGGCUAUUCAAUUAUGGCAAAUGUCAUUGGUAACACCUCAGACAUGUGGAAAUCUCACACUGCAAUGUUGGUGGAACCCCUCAGUACCAAUGAUCCAGAGGUGUAUGAGAUCAUUAAGAAGGAGAAGAGUCGCCAGAGACUUGGUUUGGAGCUCAUUGCCUCCGAGAACUUUGCAAGCCGCGCUGUGUUGGAGGCUCUGGGCUCCUGCAUGAAUAACAAAUAUUCUGAGGGGUAUCCUGGACAGAGGUAUUAUGGUGGCACUGAGUUUGUAGAUGAGUUGGAACGGUUGUGCCAGAAACGAGCAUUGGAUUUGUACAGCCUUGACCCAGAGAAAUGGGGAGUCAAUGUCCAACCAUAUUCAGGCUCUCCAGCGAACUUUGCCAUUUACACAGCUCUUGUGGAGCCACAUGGGAGGAUCAUGGGAUUGGAUCUUCCUGAUGGUGGCCACUUGACCCAUGGCUUCAUGACCGAAAAGAAGAAAAUCUCUGCCACAUCUAUCUUCUUUGAGUCAAUGCCAUACAAGGUGAACCCUGAAACUGGUUAUAUUGACUAUGACGGGUUGGCAGAUAACGCACGGCUGUUUCACCCAAAGCUUAUCAUUGCAGGUGUUAGUUGUUACUCCCGUAAUCUGGAUUACGCCAGGAUGCGACAGAUUGCGGACGAGAAUGGUGCCUACCUGAUGUCAGACAUGGCA